CCGGGUUGGAAAGUAAAGUCCGAUAUCGUAAAAGCUUAAACUUCUAUAAAUUAACAAAUAUGUACGUGAUUUACUAACUGUCAAAAGUUCUUGUCUAGUUUUUUUUACAUUGUAUUAAAAGAGCGAACUACAAAAAAUAUUGCCAAGAAUGAGCACUCCAACUCAAAUUUUGCGAUCACUUUUACAUGAAUUAAGACAAGCUUCACCAAAUAAAUGCAUCAAGAACAAUUUGGCUGCAAACUAUAUUCUUGCACAAUUUAAAAAGUAUCAAACAACAGACCAAACUCUUUGUAAGGCAAGGGAAGAGAUGAAAUUUCUUGGUAAAACAUAUUUGUGUUAUUUACAAAGUUUAAGAAGACAUGCUGAAAUUCAUAAAGAAUACCAUGGGAGGGGUGAACGAACGGUGAAGGAAACCGCAGAUAUAGUCGGUUUUAAAUUACCGACUGACCCCAAAUGAAUUAAUCUAAUAGUUGUACUUUGUUUUUAGUAAAAAUAAAAAUAGGACAUUGUUGAAUUUCAAA